AUGCAGGGUUUCGGGGCCCGGCUGGUUUGGGUGCUGGUGCUGUCGCUGGCCUGGCUGGGCCCGGAAGAGGAGGAGGGUGAAGUGCUCUCGGAUGAGAUCGAGGAGGAGGACGAUGUCCUGGUGCUCCACGAGCACAACUUUGCCCGUGCCCUGAGUGAGCACCGGCUGCUGCUGGUGGAGUUCUACGCGCCGUGGUGUGGGCACUGCCAGCGGCUGGCCCCUGCCUUCGCCCAGGCGGCCACCGCGCUGAGGGACGAGUCCAGCCCGGCCCGGCUGGGCAAGGUGGACGCCACGGCCCAGACAGCCCUGGCCAACGAGUUCGGCAUCACCUCCUACCCCACCCUCAAGCUCUUCCGUGAUGGCAACCGCACACACCCCGUCCCCUACACCGGACGCAUGGACGCCAAGGGCAUCGUGGGCUGGAUAGAGCGUCGGGCCGGCCCCAGCGCCACGCUGCUGGAGGACCCCGACACCGCCGCCAACUUCAUUGCCUCCCAGGACUUGGUGGUCGUCGGCUUCUUCAAGGACCUGGAGAGCGAGGCAGCCCAGGUGUUUUACGAGGUGGCCGGCGACGUGGUGGACAUGACGUUCGGUGUGGCAAUGGCCACUGAGCUCUUCGAGGCCUACGGGCUGUCGGCCGACACUGUCUGCCUCUUCAAGAAGUUCGAUGAGGAACGGACAGACUUCCCUGUGGACCCGGCGCGGGGGCUGGAUGCGGCCGAGCUCACCCAGCUGCUCCAGGUCCACAGGCUGGAGCUGGUGAUGGAGUUCACUAACGAGACCUCCGACUACAUCUUUGGUGCCAAGAUCCCCCACCACAUGCUGCUCUUCCUCAACAAGUCAUCAUCGGGGCAGCUGCAGCUGAGGGAUGACUUCCGGGCAGCCGCCAGCACCUUCCGGGGCAAGGUGCUCUUCGUGGUGGUGGAUGUGGCUGGGCAUGGCGCUGGUGUCCUGCCCUUCUUUGGCCUGACACCCGACGAUGCCCCCACCCUGCGCCUGGUCAAGAUGGAGAACAACCGCAAGUACCAGAUGGACCAGGACGUCUUCUCAGAGACGGCCAUACGCACCUUCGUCCAGGAGGUGCUGGAUGGCAAGGUGAAGCCCCGUCUGCUGAGCGCGGAGCCCCCUGAGGACUGGGACACACGACCUGUUAAAGUCCUGGUGGCGAAGACCUUUGAGCAAGUGGCCUUUGACGAGACCAAGAACGUCUUUGUCAAGUUCUAUGCCCCGUGGUGCUCCCACUGCCAGGCCAUGGCAGCCGCCUGGGAGGAGCUGGGCGAGCGCUACAAGGACCAUGAGGACAUUGUCAUCGCUGAGUUGGACGCCACGGCCAACGAGCUGGAGAACAUCACCAUCCACGGCUUCCCCACCCUGCACUACUUCCCCGCGGGGCCGGGCAGGAAGAUGGUUGAGUACAAAAGCACCCGAGACCUGGAGACCUUCUCCAAGUUCCUGGAAAAUGGGGGGACGCUGCCUGAGGAGCCACCUGUGGUGCCCAAGCCCCCCGAGAACAGCACGGGCAGGGGGGAGCCGAGUCCGGUGGGGACAGCCGAGUCCCGGGAUGAGCUGUGAGCCCCGUCCCGCUCCGGAGCCUCC